GCAGCCUCUUUUGCAAGCUUUUUGAUGCAUUGGGUCGGCUAGUAAUGGGAGGUAUAUAAUAAUAUCUAACAACACGAAAGCAUCCAGUUGCAUCCUUUCAGUAACAACCGGGUCACGCGCGAGAAGGACGACGGCAGACAUUGGCAGCUUGCGACGCCUGACCUCUACCCAGUCUAAACAUGUUACUUUUAUGCAAGCGUCUCUAGCCAUCCUCCGCCUGCAAUCGCCGCAGUUGGAGGAGCGCGGGACGAGUCGUCACUUAUCAUUUACGCCCGAGCGAAUGGCCUCAAGCAUCGCAUCAGCCGCAUCAAGACGCGCGUGCAGCUGUUAACCUAAUAUAAAGCUAUGUUGCCAAGGUCAAAGCAGUUACGCGCCUCGGACCCACAUGACGCUCUUGCGCAAAAGCGAGCUCGCGCGAACCCUACCCCAGACGACGAUGACGACGCGGCAGAUGCGGAAUGGGACGAAGAGCCGACAAUUGACAAGUUAGAGGCGGGGGAGCACUAUCUGGUGGACUUGCAAGGCGAGCCUUACCCCACUGGAGUAGUUCAGCUGCUCAGCAAGGACCUCGCCAAGGACCCGGACCAGCCACACUUGCGGUCAAAAAGGGAGGACGCUGUGCUGAAGUGUCAAUGGUACCUGCGGAUUGGCGACACGGCACUUGGCCAGGCGCAUGUCCGGGAGGCGCAGCGGGACACCAACCGUGAUGCUGGCGGCUGCAGGACCACCGUGAGGGACGCGCCGCCUGGUGCGGAGCAGCCAGUCAACCUGCUGUGGCUGUGCAGGGACAACUGUUGGGGCUCGCUGAAGCGCUCGCAUAUCAUCCGCCGUGUGGAGGUCCGCAGGCUUCGUCCCGGUGACCCAGUCCCCCCGGUUGAGAAGGACGUGUACUACGUGCAGCAGUCGUACAGCAAACGCUUUAAGG